CUUUAUUUUUGAAAAAAACUCAAAUAAAACUGCAAUUGCCCUUUACCUGUUCCACGGGGCAAGACAUUCAAAAUGCCAUAUUCCGUACGAUUUAUUAGGGCUUGUUGUUCGUCAUUCUUAUUAUCACCCAAAAAUAUGGCUUUGCGAUCUGCCUUUUCGAGCUCUGGCCUUCGUCGUCUAACGGAAUGUAGCUCCUUCGCCGGCCGAUUAUCAGCUAUGGGUUCCUGUUGCUUCAGCAAUGGAUCAGGUCGUAUCCUCAGUGAUGAACAGUGUGCUAAAGAGAUCCUCUAUAUUCAAAAAAUGGAGAAGGAGAGGUUAGAGAAGCAGAAGAAGGAAGAAGAAGAUAAGGCGGAAGUAGAGAAGUCAGAGAAGGUAUAAAUUUUCAAAUGCUCGUUUAGUACGCAAAAUUGUUACUAAUAGUAAAAUAUUUUUGCUAUGGUUUAGAGUAAUUCUGUAAUGUGGGUUAGACACAUUGUUGAUAGUAAUUCACUAAUUUGUGUUUUGCAAAGCACAAUACAUAGUACUGCUGUGAAUUCUAGUCAAUUUAAUGAUUAUUCCAUGUUCUGCCGAUAUUACUAUGUUGGGUUAAAAUGGUUUUAAAGUGGUUAUGCUUAA